AUGAUACUGUGGAGUAUAUUCUUGCUUCAUUCACUGCUGUCCUCUUUGCAAGGAUCUUAUUGCAAGCUUUCUCUUUUGAGAAGAACUUCAAGAAAGGAGUUUAAUGCAACUCGACAGAAAAGAGAUCUCGUAACAGCUGAGAUUCAAACUGCCUCUCCUCGGUCGCACCAUCAUGGGGCCUUGACGCGGAGUCCACCAGGAGGUUCAUGUCCUCAGGAGUGCCUUAAUGGAGCAGCCUGCACAGAGGCAGGUGACUGUGACUGUCAGUUAUUUCAGGCUCGAGGAAGCAGGUGCCAAAUUGUACCUAACACUGGCAAGGACCGUGAUGGGAUUUGCAAAUCGUGGGGGCAGUAUCAUUUUGAAACAUUUGAUGGCAUCUACUACUACUUCCCAGGAAAUUGCUCCUAUAUUUUUGCAAAAGACUGUAGUACUCCAGAACCCCAGUACACUGUUUGGGUUCAUAACAGUCCUCACUGUUAUGGUUCAGUAUAUACUUGUCAGAGGUCCAUCAGCUUAUUUUUUUCAAACCAAGAAGAAAUAGUUAUUUCAGGACAUGAAGUAAAAAAAGAUGGAACCAGUUUAAUGUUGCCUCAAACAGUUGGAAAUGCUUUUCUUGAGAGACUGGCUGACUAUAUUCUGGUGAAGACUACAUUUGGUUUUUCUCUUGCUUGGGAUGGAAACUCUGGUAUUUAUAUUAAGCUGACAGAAGAUCAUAAGGGAAAACCUUGUGGCCUCUGUGGAAAUUUUAAUGGCAAUAAAUAUGAUGACCUGAUACUGCAAAAUAGUGAAUAUACAGAAGACAUUGCUGAAUUUGCAAAUAGCUGGGCUGUGCAAACCUCAGAUGACAUAGCCUGCGUACCUACUGCCUCAGAUUUUUCCAGUCCUUGCUCAGCUGAUGCAGAAUCCACUGAGGACAUAUUCUUCAAGUGCCAAAUAUUCCUACAGUUUCCUUUUCUCAGCUGUCAUGAAAGCAUAGAUCCGUAUUCUUAUAUUUCUAGCUGUAUGAAUGAUCUUUGCAGAGUGGAUGAUGAUGAAACAUACUGCAGGGCAGUGACAGAGUAUGCCAGAGCAUGCUCUCAUGCUGGGUCCCCGGUGCGAGACUGGAGGGAUGACUUUCCUGCCUGUACUGAGAGGUGUGAAGACAGCUUUGUACACCGUGACUGCAUCAGUUGUUGUCCACCAACAUGCACAUUUGAAAAAGAUUGUCUUGGCAGCAACCUACACUGCUUAGAUGGCUGUUACUGUCCAGAUGGUCUCAUUAUGGAAAACGGAACUUGUAUCUCUGUGUCAAAUUGUCCUUGUGUUUAUCAUGGAACUGCCUUCCCUGCAGGCUCAAAAAUUGAACAAGAAUGUAGCAACUGUAUUUGUAUUGGUGGCAUUUGGAACUGCACUGAUCAUGAUUGCCCAGCCGAGUGCUCCAUCACAGGUAGCUCUCAUUUCACAACAUUUGAUGGACGUCAUUUUACCUUUCUUGGGAUUUGCCAGUACAUUUUGGUCAAAGGCACUGGGAAAAAAAAAUUCACUAUCACUUUACAGAAAGCACCUUGUGGACAGAACUUCGACCAUGCCUGCAUUGAGUCUAUAACACUAGUUCUUGAAGAUGAUGUGAACAAACAAGUAACUCUCACAAGAUACGGUCAAGUCCAAACCGGCCCUAACCAAGUUUUUAACCUUAAUGGGGCUAUUGAAAUUCAGAAUAUAUCUUCUUUCUUUGUUCAACUGAAAACUAGUUUUGGUUUGAAGAUACUGUUUGCUAAAGAUGGAGAGAGGAUCUAUGUUCAAGUUGAUGUUAGCUGGAAGAGAAGAACAUUAGGACUAUGUGGAACUUUCAAUGGAAAUUUAAGAGAUGAUUUUCUUUCUCCAGCAGGGAUGAUAGAAGGGACCCCACAACUUCAUGCCAAUGCAUGGAAGGUUUCCUCAGCUUGUUCUGUGCCUAUCAAUAUUCCUGUGGUUGAUCCCUGCAACGUUAAUCAGCAAAAUGCUGGGUAUGCAUCUCACUGUGAUAUCAUCAAUCAAGAAGUUUUUGCUCCCUGCCAUGCCUACAUCAGUCCAGGAUUAUACUACCAGAUAUGCCGCUUCGACGCGUGCAAAUGCGGAAGCAGCUGUCUGUGUAAUGCUUUGGCACACUAUGCUUACGUCUGUGGCAAGCACGGGGUCAUCAUUGACUUCAGAUCUCAUAUUUCUUACUGUGCUGUGAUGUGUCACAGUGGUAUGCUUUAUCAUCAGUGCUCUUCUUUUUGUAAACGCUCCUGUGCUUCACUUUCUAUGGCAACUAUCUGUGGUGAUGACUGUGCAGAAGGAUGUAAUUGUCCUGAUGGGAAAUAUUUUGAAGAGUCGGUCAACUUCUGUGUAUCAAUAUCUGCCUGUCAUUGUCAUUACAAGGGCAAAGACCUCCAGCCUGGAGAAAUCCUCCCUACACCAAAAGGCUCCUGUCAGUGUUUGAAUGGAACAGUGAAAUGUACGGAAGACGCUACAGAAAAUACAGUUCACAUAUGCCCUGAAGGAAAAAUCUACUAUGACUGCAGAUCUCCCGUGCCUGGAUUACCAGCAGCGGGUGUGAACUGUGGGAUCUCUUGUGCGAACCUUGCCAUGAACUUCUCCUGUGUCCCCUCACCACCCUGUGCAAGCGGCUGCAUUUGCCCCCCUGGGAUGGCUGAGCAUAGAGGGAAAUGUUAUAUUCCUGACAGCUGUCCAUGUACCUGGAAAGACAGGGAAUUUCUGUCAGGAGAAGUAAUAGCUACACCGUGUUACACCUGUGUUUGUCGGAGAGGGAUAUUCAGUUGCACUAGUUACCCCUGUCCUGCUGUAUGCACUAUUUAUGGAGAUCGACACUAUUAUACCUUCGAUGGAUUGGAGUAUGAUUAUGUCAGUGACUGCCAAGCUUAUCUGCUAAAG